AUGAAAGCUUUAGUAGUCUGCGCGCUGGUCUGUGUGGCCUUCAGCGGUAUUCUGAGUGCGUCGAUAAUCAGGGUGGCUCGUGAAGAUGUAGUUCCUAUCGUGGAUGAACUCAUCAAGGAAGAAGUGGUAUCCGAAUUGCGGAAUGCCGAAAUUCCUGUCGCCGUCGAGGAAGAACCAGCCAAAGUAAUCCUCGAAGAAACAGUUGUACCGGUAGAAAAUCAACGUUCCGCUGUUAAAGUGGUCGAAGUCGUCGAACCUGUGGUUUUUGAAAAGGUUGUCGUGGAUGAACCUGUCGUUAAUGCUGAAAAAGAAUCUGUAGAGUUAUUGCGCAGUGUUUCACCAGUAGUAGCCGUCGAGGAGCCGAUUGCCGUUGUCAAAGAAACCGAAGUUGUCGUCGAGCCUGUCGUAGAAGAUAAGGUAGUCGCAGCAGUUGAAUCAUUGCGUAAUGUGGAACCCGUAGUAGAGGUUGUCGAACCUGCCGUAGCUGUUGUCGACGAGCCGAAAAAGGAUGACGAGCCGACGCAAUCCGAGAGCUUACUGCGCAGCGCUCUUCCUCUUGUCGUGGAAAAAGAAGUUGUGCCAGCUGUAGCCAACGUUGAGGAAGAACCGAUCGCUCCUGCAGUGCGAACUGUUGCUGAAGUUAUUCUGGACAAAGCUGAAGCGAAACCGGUUGAAGUACCAGCCGAAGCACCUGCUGUUAAAGCUGAUGAAGUUAGCCCGGUCGAAUCGUUGAAAAGCGUAGAGCCAUCCGUAGUUGCUGAGGAGCCAGCCGCUGUGGUUGUAGAUGAAGCAAAGAAUGAACCCGUAGAUGAUCCAGAGUAUCUUCGCGCUGUACCGAUUAAGCCUUUCUUGGAACAACUAGCUGAGUCUCAAGCGGCCAACGCUAAGGCUGAUUCUGUAGUAGAGCCUCUUGUAGAAGAGAAAGUUGUUCCAGAUUCAGUUGUUGCUGCUGUCGAUUCUUUAAGAUCCAACGCACCAGUUGUAGCUGUCGAAGAGCCAAUUGCCGUUGCUGUUCCGGAAAAGGCGAAGGUUGCCGAAAAAGUUGCUGAACCUGCUGCUGAAGCUGAAAAUGUUGCUGCCGAUGAAACACCCGCUCCAGCAGUUACCGCCGAUGAAGAACCUACACCCGCUCUUGCUGCCGACGCAACCGAAGAAAAGGUUCCAGUUCCAGAAGUUCCGGUGGAAGAAAAAGUAAUUGAUCCAGUUGAAUCCCUACGCUCUGCACUUCCCGCAGCUGAAGUCGAAGAACCAAAAGUUAUCGUAACUGAAGAGAAAAAGGAAACACUCCAGACUGUGGAGAAUGAAGUUGUUCCUGCUGUCAAAGCAAUUGUAGAGGAAAAAGUUGCCGAGACCGAGCAAAAGCCAGCUGAUGAGCCAACCGAAGCUGUUCGAGCUGUUGUACCGAUUGUAGAGGAAGUUGCUCCAGUAAAGGAAGUCGAACAAGAGCCUUCUGAUGUUUUGCGUGCUGCCGAAGUGAAAGAUGAUGCUAGCACGACCGCCCGCCCAAAUCUGAUUCAGCAAAUCAUUCAACCAGUCAACAAUCUCAUCCAAAACAGCCCACUUGGACCAAUUCUGAACCGAGGCUCAACAACUGCCGCCCCAGCUGCUGGUCAGGCUGAGAACUUGAACGCCGGUGAAGUCGCGGCUGCUGCCAACGAUGAAACAGCAACCACUGCCGCUCCCAAUGUGUUCCAGCAGCUUGGUCAGAACAUCCAAAGCUUCCUAAAUCCAAACACCCAAGCCGCACAAAGCUCUGCGGAAGGUAGUACCACAGCCCGACCCAACAUUAUUCAGCAGGUAUCGAAUGCUGUCGGAUCCGUAUUCAAUCGCCCAUCCAGCAACUCCGAGCAACAGCCAACUCCUGCCACAGGCCCUAUUCAAAGCUUAGUGCAGAACGUCCAGAAUUUCUUCCGGCCACAAUCAUCUACAACUGCUACCGAGUCCGGCGCAUCCGCGGCCGAAACGCCAGCGCCCGCUGCACCCCUUACCGCCGAAGAUGCCCCUUCCGCUUGA